CAUUAUUGUGAUAUUUUUUAGAGCACAUAAAAAGGUUUAUAUCGCUUCGUGAAUUCAGGGUAUCUCACUAAUCAGAAUAAUACGAACAGAACGCGAACCGUUGUAACUUUUCCUCGAAGUGACAGCGUCACAAAAUAGAGCUAUCGUCAUCGCCACUGAAACACCAAAUUCUGCUCCGACUUACCACAGUGCAGCUGAGUUAUUUAAAUACAAGAAAGCGCGGGCAUGGCGUCUGAUCAUAAUCUCUGCCAGAUUCAGAGUGAUCAAGGUUCUCCGAACUCCUCCCAUGAUUGCGACGUGAUGUCCUUGGACCAGAGAGUCCGAUCAUUGAUCACUGUCUACAACCGUUUAGAAGCAAUGGAAGUUUCAGACGCUUGCAAUGAGGGAUAUCUGCGAAAURAUCCUCAUUUGGAGCGUGGGGUCGAAGAAGAGAAGACAGCCAGUGAGAGUCAAAGUGAAGAAUUUCGGCAWGACACAUCCAGGUCCCGACUUGAUCUAUCAAUAUCGAAGUCGAAGUUUCUAAAUAAUGUGGUUGGAUCUCAAUCAUCGGACUGUAGGAACAAAGAACAUUGCAGAAUAGCCACUUAUCGAAAGCGUUUCGUCCAAUACGACAUCCGAAGGCUCCGGAGGCUGGUUGAGAGGGAAGCCUCUACUGUUGGUUCCUCAUCCGUGACAGACAUCCGACCYAGUCAAAUUAAAAACUACAAGCUUUUGCUAUCGUCAGAGAAGGACAAAAGGAAGAUAUCUAGGAAAAUUGAGGUGAAAACUGUUGUAGCGCAGGAAGUUGAUGAAAGUCUUGAGAAUWUGAGAUGUCGAUUAUCGAAAGCCAGAUUCCUGAUUCGUUCAUCUUUAGGAUUAACGAACGAACAAUCAACGGAUUCCGCCAUUUUUUCGCAAGAAAACCAAGAUGGGUCCGAAAAAAYCGCCAGUUCUUGGAAUGCAGCCUCUCGACAUUACGAAUCAUUGAAUCCUUUGCGAGGAGAAAACCUUCAAAAUAUCGACCAUCCUCAGAAUAUGGUUGAUUCCGAGUCUUCAGAAAUAAACUCUCCAUCUCUUAUCCAAUUCCAAGCGUUCCCAGGGCUUGAUACMCUAGAAGCUGAGUCGAAAAUAGAUUUCGAAUGCAUGRAUGGCUUCCCUUCUGUAUUUGAGCACAAGAAUGGGCAUUGCCGCGUUAGURAURAUAUUAUUUCACUUGGCCCAAUCCAUGUCCAGUGGCAAUCGAACGAGCUUCGGGGCAUUCCUGCAUUUGACCCGUUCGUUUUGRRUGGCCCGGAAGCUAUUGAAUGGCAGGAGACGCCAUGGUGUGAUCCAUCCUACUCGUUCGACUCUGAAUCACCGGCAGCAGACGAUGAUAUCUGUGAGGAUCUUAGUAGUGUAGAUGUGGUGAAAGGAUCCAAAGAUUCAAAAACUACUUCAUCCACACAAAAAUUCYUGGCUAAAACUACGAUCUCCAACGAYAAGGAUUCAAACGCAAGAACAGUAGGCCUUUUCCCAGAGAAAGCCUGCUUUUCUCCCUUUCACAACGGUGACGAGAUCAGUCUGGAAAAGGCCGACGACGACGAAGGGCAAAAAUCGCUUUGUACCGAGCAAUCGAGUUUUCAAAGCGGCUCGAGCYUCGGCGCUCCUGCUUCACCGAUCAUUCGAAAAAGCGGCGAAAAGCGCAGGAAAAAGAGACUGUCGUUUCUCCGGUGGUCACGACCCAAAUCGGCAAACAAAGAAUGGCUCGUGGCGGCGAAUGCAUCGGACUGGCACGUUCUGAGAUCGAGGGAUGUUAGAAUGAAAGAAUGGCUCAGUAGGUCUGAGGUCUCAGAAGAGCACAAGAUGAUAGCGGUAUUUUUUGACUAGGGGCAAUACAUUUGGCGUCGUAGAAUUGAUGCUGGGAAGAUUUUUGUUGCUUGCAUAGUACCACGGUACACGAUAUAUACAAAGAUAGUACACGAGAAAGGAUUUCAGUUCAUUGGGUGAUGCUUUAGCCCUUUUUUCAUUGUCAUGGUGGAAUCAGUACAUGAAAAAUACUACCUAUUACUACUUUUAUACGAAUCAUAACAAUAAAGGCAAAAMYUUUGG